AUGGACACUCUGUCUAAGCAGCCCGAUGGCGUUAUCGACAACCCUGAAGUUGGUGGUACCGGUGGUACGCCUUUUUCUCUCCUGAAACAAGGACACACAGUCAAAAGACUUCGUACCUGGACUGGCAGCAAGAACGGACCCACGGUCAUCAGAGGGAUCCAGGUUGUAUGGUCUGACGGCUCGGAAAGUCAGAAAUUUGGUGAAGGUGUUGAAGGUCGCCAAGAAUUCACACUGGGCCCCAACAGUGUUGUUACAAUGACCUUGAACUCUGGCGAUCGUAUCGACAACAUUCGCAUCACUACAAAGACGGAUGUGUUUGUCGCAGGAGGAAACGGCGGUAAACCAACCGAGCAGAAUGUUGGUAAUGGGACCUUGCUUGGAUUCACUGGGCGCGCAGCUUGGGAUAUCGAUAGUCUGGGCUCAGUGUUUCGCGCAUAA